GAAAGACACAGGGACACAGACAGAGAGAGAUCGCCAUGGUUUGGGCUGGUGGUGCUUUGCCUGUUCUCCUGCCUCUCAUCAUUAACUCAGCUCUGGGCUCGAGGUUGCGUCUGGAGGACUUCCCUCCCCGGGUGGUGGAGCAUCCGUCGGACCUAAUCGUAUCGAAGGGGGAGCCGGCGACCCUGAACUGCAAGGCCGAGGGCAGGCCCACCCCCACCCUGGAGUGGUACAAGGACGGGGAGCGGGUGGAGACGGACAAGGAUGAUCCCCGCUCCCACCGCAUGCUCCUGCACAGCGGCUCACUCUUCUUCCUGCGGAUUGUCCACGGGCGCAGGAGCAAGCCCGACGAGGGGGUGUACGUGUGCGUGGCCAGGAACUACCUGGGGGAGGCCGUCAGCAGGAACGCAUCGCUGGAAGUCGCAAUCCUGCGGGAUGAUUUCCGCCAGACGCCCAGCGACAUCGUGGUGGCGGCGGGAGAGCCUGCGGUGAUGGAGUGUCUGCCCCCCCGCGGCCACCCCGAGCCCAGCAUCUCCUGGAAGAAGAACGGAGCGAGGAUCGACGACAAAGAGGAGCGGGUGACGAUCCGAGGAGGGAAACUGAUGAUCUCCGACACCAGGAAGAGCGAUGCCGGGAUGUACGUGUGUACGGCCACCAACAUGGUGGGCGAGAGGGACAGCGAGACUGCUGAGCUGGUUGUGUUUGAGAGACCCACCUUCACCAAGCGGCCAGUGAACCAGGUGGUGCUGGCGGAUGACACAGUGGACUUUCACUGCGAGGUCCAGGGAGACCCUGUGCCCACCACUCGCUGGCGCAAGGAGGAGGGUGAGCUGCCCCGUGGACGGUUUGAGAUUCAGAGCGACAACACUUUGCGUCUCGCCCGGGUGGGCAGCGAGGACGAGGGGACCUACACGUGUGUGGCGGAGAACAGCGUGGGCAAGGUGGAGUUCUCAGGCACCUUGACCGUGCACGUCGGUCCAUUCAUGCCGCCACAGAUCGUGGUGAGACCCCGAGACCAGAUCAUCGCUCAGGGUCGCUCGGUCACCUUUGUGUGUGAGACAAAGGGAAACCCUCCACCAGCGGUCUUUUGGCAGAAGGAGGGAAGCCAGACCCUGCUCUUUCCCAGCCAGCCCCAGCCCUCGGGACGUUUCUCUGUCUCCCCGAAGGGAGAGCUGGCGAUCACGGGCGUCCAGUCGGGGGAUUCGGGAUAUUACAUGUGUCAGGCAAUCAGCGUGGCUGGCAGCAUCCUGGCCAAAGUGCUCCUGGAGGUGGAAGACGUCUCCUCUGAUCGGAUCCCACCCAUCAUCCGCCAGGGACCGGCCAACCAGACACUCGCCGUUGACUCCAUGGCUCAGCUCCAGUGUCACGUGACAGGGAACCCCCUCCCCAGCGUGCACUGGCUGAAGGACGGACAGAGAAUCCUGGGCAACGACCCUCGCAUCAGCAUGUUGAACAACGGGACCCUCCAGAUCACCAACACACAGGUUUCCGAUACCGGGAUUUACGUCUGCGUUGCCACGGGGUCAAGUGGAGAGACAACCUGGAGCGGGUACCUGGAGGUGCAAGAAAACGGCAGCCCCACCCGGAUCCUGUCAUCAGAGCCAGACCUCCUCCCGGGACCUCCAUCCAAACCGGUGGUGUUGGACGUGACACGGAACAGCGUAACCCUGACGUGGGAGCAGAGUCAGCACCAGGGAGGCUCCGAGGUCACUUCCUACAUCAUCGAGGCCUUCAGCCAGUCAGCUGGCAGCACAUGGCAGACGGUGGCGGAGUACGUGAAGCAGGAGAAGCACACGGUGACCGGCCUGAGCCUCAACACCAUUUACCUCUUCAUCGUGCGAGCGGUCAAUGUACAUGGCCUGGGAGACCCCAGCCCCAUCUCGGAGCCCGUCCGCACACAAGAUGUGAGCCCCACGGGUCAGGGAGUGGAUCAUCGUCAGGUGCAGCGGGAGCUGGGGGAGGUGGACGUGCAGUUGCAGCCUCCGCUCACUCUCACCUCCAGCACCAUCCAAGUGGCCUGGACUGUGGACCGUCAGGCCCAGUUUAUCCAAGGCUACCGGGUGAUGUACCGCACAGCGAGCAGUGCCUGGCUGGUGCAGGACGUGCGAGCCCCCACCGAGCGCAGCACCGUCCUCCUCAACCUCAAGAGAGGCACCGAGUACGAGAUCAAAAUACGGCCGUAUUUCGACGAGUUCCAGGGGAUGGACAGUGAGGCCGUGUUUGUCCGCACACCAGAGGAAGCCCCCAGCGGAGCCCCCCGAGCCGUCACCGUCGCAACCAUCGGCUCCAGCAACAGCAGCAGCAUCAGCGUGUCCUGGGAUCCCCCCCCCGCCGAGGAGCAGAAUGGGAUCAUCCAGGAGUACUGGAUUUGGUGUUUGGGGAACGAGACCCGUUUCCAUGUCAACAAGACGACUGAGGGGACGCUGGAGUCGGCUGUGGUGCGGGGGCUGGUGCCCGGGGUCCUGUACCAGGUGCUGGUGGCAGCGGCGACCAGUGCAGGGGUGGGAGUGAAAAGCCCCCCCGUCACCGUCCUCAUCAAAGCAUUGCCGGAGAAGGCCUCCGUCCCCGCGGAGGGGCAGAACGUCAGUCUGGCCGAGCAGAUCAGUGACGUGGUGAAGCAGCCGGCCUUCAUCGCUGGCAUCGGUGGCGCCUGUUGGCUCAUCCUCAUGGGCUUCAGUUGGCUGUACUGUCGGCGCAAGAAGAGGAAAGAGAUGAGUCACUACACAGCCUCGUUUGCCUACACACCCGCAGUGGCUUUCCCACGGACAGAGGGUUCAGGAGCCAUAAACGGAAGGCCGGGCAUCCUGAACGCUAACGUGACCAGUUACCCCUGGCUGGCGGAUUCCUGGCCGGCCUCCAACCUGGUGCGGAACGGGAUCGGGAAAGAUGCCGCGGCCAACUGCUGUGCCGUGAAGCUGGACGUCUCGGAACGAUUCUACAACGACGCAGGGAUCUCUAACUACAUCGCUCAGACCGAGAAGUUUGGGACGGUGGCUUCGGACGGCCCCAUCUACAGCACCAUCGACUCCGGCAGCGACGAGAUGAGGACCUUUAACAGCGGCUUCCCAGCCCAGCCCACCACGCUCUACGCCAGCACCCCCGUGGUGCCCCUUGCUGCCCAGAGCCAGUACAGCCCGGACCCCAUGAGCGGGCACAGGGGGCUCCAGCCCGCACCCUCCAACCCACAGUACGCUCAGCCCGAGAGAGGCCGCCCAGAGCCUGGCACUAAAAGUGGGAAGCAGAAGCUAAACGCUAAACCAGUGAAGGGUCCAAACCUGAACUGGACAGACCUGCUGCCGCCUCCCCCUCCCACCACACAGCUCGACGUCUAUGAUGAUGAAGAGGAAGAGGAGGAAGGGUCUGGAGAUGAGGAGUGGUGCCCCCCACUCCCGGAGAGGACCUAUUUGAUGGACGGACAGCAGGAUGAAGAAGUCCCACCGCCCCCACCCCGGGGAGAGGCAUCCUCGCCCGCCACGUCCUAUGGGCAGCAGUCCACCGCCACCCUGACCCCCUCGCCGCGAGAUGAAGCCCGCCUAGCGGGGCCCAGUGUGUCCGAGGAUAUUCCCAGGCUACAUCAGUUUGAGAUCCCACAGCUGCCACGGAGAUUAGCCAUCGGACCGGUCCCUCUGCCCAGACCCCCAACACCUCCCCUGACCCAGAGCCCAACCCCCAACACCGAGAAGGACCUGGCAUCCGAAUCUGGCAGCGCCCAGAGGCACGGGCACAAGCGCAACCUGAGCCAGACACACGCGGGCAGUACUGAGAACGUCAGCGGAUCAGCAGCAGGUGAGAAACACAACAACUGGGGCGGAGGCGUGAGCACACCUCCCAGCCAGAAAGCACGAGCCAAGAAGAAAGCCAAGUCCAACCACUACCGGCGUGACCUCGCUCAGGGGGACCUGCCUCCCCCGCCCGAGCCCCCCCCUGCUGAGGGAUCCGCGGAAAGGUUUCACCUACAGUCCCCCGGCACGGAGAGCAGCCUGACCUCACUGGACCGCGAAGGGAGCUCUUUGUCCAUAGAGAGGAGGCCGUCGGCAGAUCAGCGGACGGAGAGCGGGCAUCCCCACGGCAGAGCAGGGUCGGCGAGGCACAAAAACGACGAUGACGUGAUACCGUACAGUAAGCCCACCUACCUGUCGCGAGGACAGGUCUCCAGCAACUGCUCCACUACAGGAAGCUCAUCUUCCAGAGGUUCAACAGGCUCUCGGAGCCACGGAGCGGGGCGCAACAGAGGGCCAGACUGUGCUGAGGACUCCAGAUGAAGAGAAGACCUGAGACACUUGGGGGGCAGAGGGUGG